UAAAACUAGAAGAAAUUGAAUUCUGAUUUCUGAGUUAGUGAGUUUCCAAGGAUAACCUUAUCCACAAACUCAAAUCCUUCCACUUGCACCCUACAAAAGUCCAACACAAUCUCCCCAAAGAGUACACAAAAUUUUUGAAUGAAGAAGAAAUUAAGAAAUGAAUAAUUCUAGUUUCACUUUGAACACAAGCUAAAGCUCUCUUAGUAUGUAAUUGUCCCUCCCAUUUUAUCACUCAUUCAUUCAUUACAAUGACAUUUUGCAUUUUCUCUAAGCACCAAAUCUUUAUGUAUAACCUAUCACCUUUUCAACACCUUAAUCCUUAUUCUCAUCAAAACCUUAAAACAAACAUGUUACCUAGGAGCCUUUCACCACCCACUUCAAUUUCUCUUCCAACAUUAGAUACCCAAUUUUUCCCUCCUUCAUUUUCAUCACAAAAAAAUUCUCCAUUUUUUCAACCUUUUGAUGAGUUGAACAAGUUAAGAACUUUGAAUUCUGUCAAGGAAUUACAUGCCCAGAUGAUUAAAACCCCUAAAAAUGAAAACUUUACUUCAAUGGAUGAUACUAUGAUGAGAUACUAUUUGGAAUUUGGUGAUUUUGAUUCAGCAAUUAGGGUUUUCUUUGUGGGUUUUACAAGAAAUUAUAUUUUAUGGAAUUCUUUUCUUGAGAAGUUUGAGAGUUUUGGAGGUGACCCAUUUGAGAUUUUGGUGGUUUUCAAUGAAUUGUAUAGUAAAGGAGUUGAAUUUGAUAGCAAAGUUUUCACCUUUGUUUUGAAAAUUUGCUUAGCUUUAAGGGUUUUGUGUGUUGGUUUGGAAGUUCAUGCUUGUUUGAUCAAAAAAGGGUUUCAUUUUGAUGUGCACUUGAAGUGUGCAUUGAUCAAUUUCUAUGAGAAGUGUUUGAGUAUAGAUAAGGCAAAUCAAGUAUUUCAUGAGACUUCAUAUAAAGAAGAUUUUUUGUGGAAUACAAUAGUUAUGGCAAAUUUGAGGAGUGAGAAGUGGAAGAAUGCUUUAGAACUUUUCUGUAGCAUGCAGAGAGUUUCUGCCAAAGCCAAUGCCGGCACCAUUGUCAAGAUGUUGCAAGCUUGUGGAAAGUUGAGAGCUUUCAAUGAAGGGAAACAGAUUCAUGGGUAUGCUUUAAGAUUUGGACUAGUUUCGAAUACUUUAGUUUGCAAUUCGAUUAUUAGUAUGUACUCUAGAAACAGUAGAUUUGAACUAGCUAGAGCGGUUUUUGAUUCGAUGGAGGAUUGUAGUCGUAACUUAUCGUCUUGGAACUCGAUUAUUUCGAGUUAUGCGGUUGAUGGUUGUUUGAGUGAUUCAUUGGAUAAUGUCAUCAAAGAAAUGGAGUAUUCCGGUAUUAAAUCGGAUAUUAUAACAUGGAAUUCGGUUUUGUUGGGUUAUGUUCGUCAGGGAUUAUUUGAAAAGGUUCUCACCAGUUUUCGGAGUCUGCAUAGUGCAGACUUCAAGCCGGAUUCAUGCUCGGUAACUAGUGCUCUACAAGCAGUUGCUGAAUUAGGUUUAUUUAAAAUAGGGACAGAAAUCCAUGGUUACAUGAUGAGAACUAAUCUUAACUAUGAUGUCUAUGUUUGUACUUCAUUGGUGGAUAUGUAUGUUAAGAAUCAUUGCUUAGAUAAGGCUCAUGAAGUGUUCCGUCAUGCAAAGAACAAAAACAUUUACGCUUGGAAUUCUUUGAUAUCAGGUUACGCCUUCGAGGGCCUGUUUGGUGAUGCGGAAAAACUAUUGAAUCAGAUGGAGGAGGAAGGGCUAAAACCUGAUUUGGUGACAUGGAAUGGUUUGAUUUUAGGUUAUUCAAUGCGAGGCCGUGUAGAGGAAGCUUUGACUGUGAUCAAUCGGAUCAAGAGUUCCGGAAUUACUCCGAAUGUGGUGUCGUGGACUUCUUUGAUAUCAGGAUGUUCUCAAAACGAAAAGUACAUUGAUGCCCUACAGAUUUUCAGCCAAAUGCAAGAAGAAAAUGUAAAACCUAACGCGACAACGAUUUGCAACUUACUUUGUGCUUGUGCAGGCCCGUCGCUGUUGAAGAAAGGUGAAGAGAUACACUGCCUUAGUAUGAAACUAGGGUUUGUGGAUGAUAUAUACGUUGCAACAUCCCUAAUUGACAUGUAUUGUAAAGCAGGGAAAUUAAAAGUAGCAUACAAUGUUUUCAUCAAUGUUCAAAAGAAAACACGUCCAUGUUGGAAUUGUAUGAUGAUGGGAUAUGCUAUUCAUGGUCAUGGGGAAGAGGUAAUAAUUCUUUAUGACGAGAUGCGUGAAAGAUGCAUUAAACCUGACGCGAUAACGUUCACUGCUCUUCUUUCGGGCUGCAAGAAUUCAGGUUUAGUCGAUGAAGGAUGGAAGUAUUUUGAUAGUAUGCAAGAUUACAAUAUUGUUCCAACAAUUGAGCACUACUGUUGCAUGAUAGACCUACUUGGAAAAGCUGGUUUUCUCGACGAAGCUUCGGAUUUCAUCGAAACUAUGCCGAUUAAGCCAGAUGCAAGUAUUUGGGGUGCUCUUCUUGCAUCCUGCAGAAUUCACAAAAACAUUAAGCUAGCAGAGAUCGCGGCAAGGAAGCUUUUUAAGUUGGAACCAAAUAAUUCUGCUAACUAUGUUUUGAUGAUGAAUUUAUAUUCAAGUUUAAACCGAUGGGAUGAUGUGGAGCGCCUUAAAUGCUCAAUGACUGAGUUGGCGAUAAGAAGUCCACCUGUUUGGAGCUGGACACAGGUUAAUCAAAGUAUUCACGUGUUCUCUACAGAUGGGAAACCACAUCCAGAAGAAGGGAAAAUAUAUUUUGAGUUAUAUGGAUUAAUUUCCGAGAUACGAAAGCUCGGUUAUGUAGCUGAUCUCAAUUGUGUAUGUAAGAACAUUGAUGACAAUGAGAAAGAGAAGAUUCUUAUGAGUCACACUGAGAAGUUGGCAAUGGUGUAUGGAAUGAUGAAAAUGAAAGGUGGAUCACCAAUUAGAGUUGUUAAGAACACAAGAAUUUGUUGUGACUGUCAUACAGUAGCAAAGUACAUUUCUUCGGCUCGAAACUGUGAGAUUUUACUUCGAGAUGGUGGCCGUUUUCACCAUUUUAAAAAUGGAAAAUGUUCUUGUAAUGAUCGUUGGUAAUGAGAGACACAAGAAUAAAAAAACUUGAAGCAUUUCUGUGCUUUUGUUGAGAGCAAAUCUCGCUGAAAUGGUAAGGUUGAUGCCUUGUGGCAGAAGGUUUAUGAGUUCAAAUUCUUUAGAGAGCUCUUCGCUUAUGGAAUAUAAUGUUGCGUGGGAGCCUCGCGCACUGAACCACUCAUUUUAAUCUGCUCGUGUAUAUCAAUGAAUUCAUGAAGGAAUGCUAAAUCAAGGAAUCACCGUGUUACUUGAGGAAUCAAGCACUCUUCAAUGUUUCAUACAUUGAAAUACUCUUUUCCUUAAAUUGCAAUCUUCACCUUAAAUAGUUUGCUUUUUCUUCAAGUCACAUAAUGAAAAAAGUUGGAAUGAAGAAAGAUACCAUGCAAGUUACCAAAAUCUACUACUCUACAAUCUGUGACUCAUUAUCUUGGAUAGUAAAGGCUCAGAUUGAAUUUUUGUUUCUGAUUGUUAGAUCAUAUUUUAGCCCAAAUGCAUUUAGGGGUCCUUUAAUUUUCACGUUUGUAACAGUUAGAUCUUUAAUUUUUUCAGAUAACAAAUAGAUCUUUUAAGUUUCCAACUUGUUGCACCGUUACCUAUCUAGUUAUCAUACGUGUACAAAAACACUUACGUGACUGUUAAUUUUGAUGUUAACCAUGAUGAAUUUGAGGCUCAAUCUGAUGUGAACCAUGAAGUCCAGACAAUUAGGCCCAAAUGAAAGAGACAAUAACUGAAAGAAGGAUAAUGGUACAACAAGUUAGAAACUUAAAAGACCAAUUUGUUAGCUAAAAAACUUAAAGAGAUUUACUUUUGUCACCGUACCAGUUACUCCUCCAUGUUGUUCAAGCAGACAAAAUAUACUACCGAAAGAUAUUUUCCGGAUAUACUACUGAAAAAUAUCUUCUGUAAUUGGAGGGGAUUCUGAGUAAUACGGGGGAAGGGGGAAGAAGCAGAAGAGCAAUUACCAUAUUUUAUUGGCAUGCACAUGUAAAAUAAAAAAUACAGGCUAUGAUACAAAUUAUUCAGACAAAAUAUCAGGUUGGCUAAUGCACAUGGAAACCACCUAGCUAUUAGCUAAUGGACAAUAAAGAAACCAAAUCUUACGCACUAAUUCAUGUGCAGAAAUUUGUAUCUUGCAUCAGCAUCAGUUAAACUUGUGUAAGAAAACAUGGCAUGAAAAUGGUGCAUAAAUAAUUGUACCAAUUCAUACACAGUCAAAUAUAUGCAACAUGGUUUUGUUUUCGUACAUUACUAACUACGGUUGAGAAAAAAAGUUUCAGCUUUGUACAAUUUUAAAAUAUAUUAUUAAAAAUAUGUAAGGUAUUUGAUGUGUUGACUUUA